UCAAGGGGCUGAACCCAGGUACCGUAUUGCAUGACACAAGCCUGCUCUAUAAAGAGAGACAUCAGGUACAACAGGCACUGAAUAUUCUGUGCCACUGACUGCAGAGAGUGACAAUGACAGGUGGCCACUGCUGGGGAUAUGGAGAGGACGAUGGACCCUCUGAAUGGCACCGUUAUUUUCCUAUUGCCCAAGGGAAUCGACAGUCACCCAUUAAUAUUGUGCCAAACCAAGCCGUUUUCAACUCAAACCUGAAGCCUCUGGUUGUUUCUUAUCAGCAGUGCAUGUCCAUCAACAUCUCAAAUAAUGGACACUCGGUCAUGGUAGAGUUUGAUGACCACGAUGACAAAGCUGUAAUAAGUGGAGGUCCCCUGGAGGAGGCGUAUCGUCUGAAGCAGUUCCACUUUCACUGGGGAACCAAACGCAAUCAGGGAUCAGAACAUACCGUGGAUGGAAGGUCGUUCCCCUCUGAGCUUCACUUGGUUCACUGGAAUGCUCAGAAGUACUCAUCAUUUGGUGAAGCAGCUGCUGCGCCAGAUGGCUUGGCUGUCAUUGGCAUUUUCUUGGAUACUGGUGGAGAACAUCCAGGGUUAAACCGACUCACAGAUGCAUUGUACAUGGUGAGAUUUAAAGGAACAAAAGCACAAUUUGAUGACUUUGAUCCAAAAUGCCUGCUACCCUCAAGUCUUGAAUACUGGACAUACCCUGGCUCUCUGACUACUCCACCUCUCAAUGAAAGCGUUAUAUGGAUUGUCCUUAAAGAGUCUAUUAAAGUUUCUGAGAAACAGAUGGAGAAAUUCAGGAAAACACUACUAUUCACUGGAGAAGAAGAAGAUGAGAGAAUUCACAUGGUAAACAAUUUCCGUCCUCCACAGCCACUCAAUGGUAGAAAGGUUCAAGCAUCAUUUAAGUGCUAAUGACUUAAGCACACUGCAAGUCUUCCCAAAACCAGCAGAAACCAAACAGACUGUCUAUGUAUGACUUCCUGGAACAGCCAUAACUGCCUUAUUUUAUUUUGCAAAUAUCUGAAGAUGUGUGAUAAUUAGAUACAAUCAAAUGUAACUAUAUAUUUAUGGAUUUACCCAAUGAAAUGAUGCAAAAUGUAUCUUGAUUUUGAUUUUUCAUUAGGCAUUUUAAUUUAAUGUUGGAAAAUGUGUCUUAGUUUUGAUUUUUCGUUAAAUGUUCUUAAUUUAAUUAAACCUCAGCCUUAUUUUAAUUAA